AAGGCUCAAGCGAUUGCUGGUUCUCUUUGUUCCGUACCUAAGAAACAAGCGGCGAGCGCAGGUUUGAGCGGGGCGGCGCCCUGGCUCUUCGCCGAUAGAGCUGGUGGAGAUGCCGCGCGAAGCUCGGCGGCUUCGCCGCCAGCGCAAGCGCGCAACUCGGCGCGAGCGGGGGCGCGCCUGCGCGGACGAGCAUGGCGAGGCGAACGCGCUGGACGACAGCAUGGGCUGGGAACUGCAAGACGACAGCUGCGCCGACAGCCUCGCGAAGGCUGGCGGCGAGGCUGCCGUGGGCGAGGCGGUCGCGGGCGGCGAAGACGUGGCGGCGGGCUUGGUCCUGACCUCUGGAAAGCAGCGGCGGCGGCGGCGGCGACGCCCGCGGGCGCGGCUGCUGGCGCGGCGACGCCAGCGCCCGCGGCCAUUUGCUGGGGGCAGGAGGCCGUGCGGGAGUCGAUGUUGAGGAGUGGCCUCGACUUCGGCGAUGUCCUGGGCAUCGUCCGCUGCGGGAAGGGCCUCGUUCCGGACGGCGCCGAUGCUGGUCACGCCGAUGCCGAUCAUAGUGUCCACGUGGUGGCGAUGAGGAUUGAGAAGACCUUGCGGCUGGUGCUGCCGAUCCUGACGGGGACGGGCCGUGACGGCGACGUCGGCGGCGACGACGACGCUGACGCGGGGCAGAGUCGUCAAAAUU